AUGUCACAGGCAAACGACACCACAGCCUCUACUGUAACUGAGUUUUUCAUCAUGGGUUUUCCUGGACUUCUGCCUAAAUACUACAGCCUGACAGCGGCGCUUUUAUUCUGCAUCUACAUCGCUGUGAUCACCGGCAACUCUCUCAUUGUGGUUCUGUUUGUGAUCGAGCGCAGUCUCCACAAGCCCAUGUACAUUAUCAUGCUGAGUCUGUCUGUGUCUGAUAUCUGCUUCUGCACAGUCGCUUUGCCGAAAGUCAUUUCUCGCUAUUGGUUUAAUGACGGUUUUAUUUCCUUCUAUGUUUGUUUGUUUCAAAGGCAGCUCAUUCACUAUUUUGGUACGUUGAACUCUCUCAUUAUGAUGCUCAUGGCUUUAGAUCGAUAUUUGGCGAUCUGUCACCCACUCAGAUACCCUGUUUUAAUGACAAACCGCACUAUGAGACUGUUAGUAGGGUUUUCAUGGGUCACUGCAAUGAUUGCACCAUCAAUUAGUUUAUCUUUAACACUGAAACUGCCAUUCUGUGGGCCAAACAUGAUUGCUCAUUGCUUCUGUGAUUCUUUAUCAAUGAAUCAGCUCGCCUGUGCUGAUGCAUCCUUCUAUAACCUUAUUGCCUUCGGUGUGGCGAUGUUUGUGCUCCUCGUUCCAUUAUCCUUCAUUAUAUUUUCCUAUGCAAGUAUCUUAGUUUCUGUGCUUCAAAUAGCAAAUGCAAAAGGCCGACUGAAAGCCCUUUCUACAUGUGCUACACAGCUCACCAUCAUAAGCAUCUAUUACGUGCCACGCUUUGCAGUUUACAUCACUUCUAACGUCCCGAAUGCGCAGAUGGACAAAGCUGAGAAGAUCGCACUGGUCAUGUUUUACAGUCUGCUUCCACCACUGAUGAACCCUUUCAUUUACUUCAUCAGGAUCAGAGAAAUCAGACAGGUCUUUCUCAAAUGCUGUGCUCAGAGGAAAAGGAUGAUCAGUAGCUCAACAACUGUCUCUAAAUAA